AUGAUGACGGGGAAUAAUCUCGGAUAUCUGAUCUUCUUAUGGGCUCUGCUGGUUACAUUAGUCCUCGUGGCCACCGAGCAUAGUCCCUUUGAGCGGACUAAGGGCAUCAAUGGUCUCGACAAGAUCAUCGUACGCGACGGUCGCGGUGGUUCCGUCGAGGUUUAUUUGUAUGGAGGUCAAGUGGCUUCUUGGAAGAAUGUGAAAGGAGAGGACUUACUUGUUAUGAGUAGCAAGGCUAUAUUCGAGCCUCCAGCACCGAUUCGUGGAGGAAUUCCAAUAUUGUUUCCGCAAUACAGUAACACUGGUCCACUUCCCUCACAUGGAUUUGCGAGAAAUAGGUUCUGGGAAAUUGAGGCUAAUCCACCUCCUUUGCCAUCAAAUUGUUCUUCUAAAGUUGACCUGAUUCUAAGAUCAUCAAACGAUGAUAUGAAGAUCUGGUCUCAUAAGUUUGAGUAUCGGCUGAGAGUAGAAUUGGGACUUGAAGGAGAUUUGACGUUGACAUCUCGUGUUAAGAAUUCUGAUGGAAAGCCAUUUAACUUUACAUUUGCUCUUCACCCCUACUUCGCAGUUUCCGAUAUCAGUGAAAUCCACGUCGAAGGGUUGCAAAAUAUCGAUUUUCUUGACCAGCAAAAGAACAGAAUGCGUUCCACUGAUCAUGGCAAAGUUAUAACUUUUAAUUCUCAGCUUGACAGAAUUUACCUAAGCACUCCAGAUAAAAUCAGAAUCGUGGACCACAAGAAAAAGAAGACAAUUGUGGUACACAAGGAGGGACAAGUUGAUGCUGUUGUGUGGAAUCCAUGGGAGAAGAAAGUUUCUGAUUUGGGAGUUGAAGACUACAGGCGUUUUGUAACUGUGGAAAGCGCGGCUGUCGAGAAACCAAUCACAUUAAAACCUGGUGAAGAGUGGAAAGGAAUACUCCAAAUGUCUGUGGUUCCUUCUGCUUGUUCCAGUGGAAAGCUUGACCCCAAAAAGUCUUGCAGUCAUCCUCAUACCUAUAUUAAUUAA